GGCAUCGGCCGCGGCAUGUUCGACCACUACGUCGCCCAGCCGUCCAACACCCUCAUCGCCGCCGUCCGCGACACCGCGGGCUCCCAAGGCCUCCUCACCGUCCCAAAGGGUCAGGGCACCAAAGUCAUCCUCGUGAAAAUCGACUCCGCGUCUAAAACCGACGCUUACGACGCCAUCACCUCCCUUCGCGCCCAGGGCAUCGACCACGUCGACGUUGUGAUCUCCGCCGCGGGCGUCGCGAAGCUGAAUACGAUUGAGGAUAUGCCGCUUGAGGAGUAUGAGGAGGUGCUGAUGGUAAAUGCGAUUUCGGUUAUGGUUUUGUAUAAAGCGACGCUGCCGCUUUUGAGGCAGGCGGAUAGGGGCAACGGGGGGCCGAGGUUCGCGUUUAUCAGCGCGGCGGGGGGCAGUUUGAAUGAGAUGCCGAAGUAUCCGUAUCCGAAUGCUAGCUAUGCGAGUUCGAAGGCGCUGGCGAAUGUACUUGUGGUGAAGAUGGGGAUGGAGAAUGAGUGGUUGGUUACGUUAUGUAUUCAUCCGGGGCUAGUGCAGACUGAUAUGGGGAAUGCCGGUGCGCAAGCUUUCGGGCUAGAUAAGGCGACGCUUACUCUUGAGGAGAGUAGUAAGAAUACUGCGCAUAUUAUCGACAAUGCCACGAAGGAGGAACAUUCAGAGAAGUUCUUUAACGAGACUAUCGAUCGGAUCCAUCCAUGGUAG